UUUUUCAUCUCGGCGGUGGCGGCGGCGGCGGCGGCGGCGUCGGCGGUUGACGUCUUUGUAAUUUCGCCUCCUCCGUUCCUCGUGCAUUCGCUGAAAAACUCGUAACAUCGGACGGCCGAUAUUGUUCGCAGCGCUUCGCCGCAUACAAGUACUUUAUCUCGUGUAUGCAGAAAUCGUGGAGCUGCACUGUCGACGAUUUCUCAACCCUUGCGUGGUGAGGUGACAUAGUUAUUUACGAGCUGUUGUGUUGGUGAAAUGUUGUCUCAACUUCCUGUAGUAGUAGUAGUAGUAGUAGUAGUACAAGACUCGUCGUGAGCGUCGUCGUCGCUCGUGUUGAAUAGUCAAAAGCCAGUGUUCAAACCACGGUGUUUUAUCCAUUUUCCAAAAAAACGUUCCGCCGAGCUGAACGAUCUCUCGCUCGUAUCAACGAUAUUGUGUCAGCUGUGCGUGAAAAUGAUGAACAUGGAGACGGACGAAAUUAUCGAAGACACAGAUACGAAUCUUCAGUGUUCAAUAACAAUAUUGUAUGACCCUACUCGCAAGAAAGAACUACCGUCAGGAGUGUCUGUGCAGUAUAGGCAAGAGAAGGAGACGUGUAUGAAGCUGUUUGAGAAAUGGAGCGAACCGGAACAAGUUGAUUUUGUCGAGCAACUGUUGACAAGGAUGUGUCAUUAUCAGCAUGGCCACAUCAACGCAUAUUUGAAACCAAUGCUGCAGAGAGAUUUUAUAUCUCUGUUACCGAAAAAGGGAUUGGACCACGUAGCGGAGAGCAUUCUUUCGUAUCUCGACGCCGAAUCUUUAAAGGCUGCCGAAUCGGUGUGUAAAGAAUGGUACAGAGUGAUCAGCGAGGGAAUGCUCUGGAAAAAGUUGAUCGAAUGUAAAGUUCGGACCGACUCGAUAUGGAGAGGGCUCGCAGAGAGGAGAGGAUGGAUUCAAUAUUUGUUCAAGCCGAGGCCGGGCCAGAGUCAUCCGAAUCACAAUUUCUAUAGGUCCCUUUAUCCGAAAAUAAUUAAAGACAUCGAGAGCAUAGAUAACAAUUGGAGAAUGGGCAGAUUUAAUCUACAGAGAAUAAACUGUAGAAGCGAGAACUCGAAAGGCGUGUACUGUUUGCAAUACGAUGACCAGAAGAUAGUCUCCGGUCUUCGAGACAACACGAUCAAAAUCUGGGACAGGAGUACACUCCAGUGCAUCAAAGUUUUAACAGGGCACACCGGCUCCGUCUUGUGCUUGCAGUAUGACGACAAAGCGAUAAUAUCUGGUUCGUCCGAUAGCACUGUACGAGUCUGGGACGCUAAUACCGGAGAGAUGGUUAAUACACUGAUACAUCACUGCGAAGCUGUUUUACAUCUUAGAUUCAACAACGGGAUGAUGGUCACUUGUUCAAAGGAUCGUUCGAUUGCUGUGUGGGACAUGACAUCGCAGACAGAGAUCGCGCUGAGGAGGGUACUAGUGGGACACAGGGCAGCAGUGAACGUUGUCGAUUUCGAUGAGAAGUAUAUCGUUUCUGCUAGUGGUGAUAGGACUAUUAAAGUAUGGAAGACAUCGACCUGCGAAUUUGUGCGAACGUUGAACGGACAUAAACGGGGUAUAGCGUGCUUGCAGUACAAGGACUGCUUAGUAGUUAGUGGUAGCAGUGAUAAUACGAUCAGACUAUGGGACAUUGAAUGUGGUGCGUGUUUGCGCGUGUUGGAGGGACACGAAGAAUUGGUCAGAUGUAUCAGAUUCGACAGCAAGCACAUAGUCAGCGGGGCAUACGACGGAAAGAUCAAGGUCUGGGACUUGGUAGCAGCAUUGGAUCCACGCGCUUUGACUAAUUCGCUUUGUAUACGCACAUUAGUGGAACACACGGGACGCGUGUUUCGCCUUCAGUUCGACGAGUUCCAGAUAGUGUCGUCGUCGCACGAUGACACGAUACUGAUAUGGGACUUCUUGAAUUUCAAUCCAACGAACGGAUCCGUGUCGACAGCAAUAAACGCAUCAGGUGUGAAUCAAUCCGAUACUAGAUCUCCAUCUCCGUUCGAGUGACGCAUCCCCAUGAAUAUUCCUUCAUUGUGAUAUAAUUGUAAGUCGGAUAUAAUAAUGUUCAAAACGCGGAGAUAUGCGGACACGUUUGUUUCUUCUUAAACUCGUCGGCAGGUCGUCGUCAUCCUCUCUCUCUCUCUCUCUCUCUCUCUCUCUCUCUCUCUCUUUCUCUCUCGAGAGAUCGGUCGGACUCCAUCUCGUUUCAUCAGACGAGUGAUCAGUGAGAGUGAGUUCAAUGUGAGUUCACGAUCGGUGUGCGAUCAGCGAAUGGAGAUUAUACGAGUCAGUGGUGUCCAGUGGUGAAUAGCGCCUAAGAAGGAAACAGAGUCUCUCUCUCUCUCUCUCUCUCUCGGUCAUUAAUUAUUUUCGUUUUCGAUUUGCUGUGAAAAGCAAAAGUAAUUCUCCAAAAUAGGAUUAUACAUGUAUAUGGGAUGACACACGAAACUAAUACUAAUGCGAAUUAAUUUAUAUGCGCUUGACGCACUGCGUUUAGUAACGAACAGUAUAAUUAAAAAAAUCACGUAAAUACAUCCCAUGGAUGUAAAUAAUCGUUUGCUUUGGCCAUAUCUGGAAUUCUUCUACGCUCUAUGACAUGAUAGAAGUUGACCACAUUUUUCCUAUUACUAUGAGAAGAAAGAAAAGAAAGAAAGAAAAAAGAAAAAGACUUGCGUGAUACGUGAAGAAGAUGAAAAAACGUUUUUAGGGAGGCUGGAUACACUUAAUAAGACGUUAGCUGUAUUAUAGUAAAGAUUAAUGAAUUUUUUUUUUAAAUGUAAUUAAUUUAUGGUAAGGAGAUUGUAAGAUGCUGCUGAUUGAUUGCGCUCCGAGUACUUACUCAAGUGUGUAUGUGGAAACGACGGACUCGAUACGUAGGAAGAUUAUUGUAACUGUAUCGCGUUUCAUUCGUCUUCUAAAUCUAGUUAAUGUGAAUUAUUAUUAUUAUUAUUAUUAUUAUUAUUAUUAUUAUUAUUAUUCUACUACCCGUGUUUAGCGUUAUAGAUGUACAGCCGUUGAUCGAAAGAGCAUAAUAGCAGUUUUUCAUGGACAUAAUCUUAUGAAAUUUAUACAUUAUGGAUCGAGAAGUGAACGAGAAACUAAUCAACUUCUGCACAGUCGUUCGUCAAACAGCAUUUGCAUUUAAUUAUACAAAGUUUCAGCAGCGUACCGAGACGUGUAAAUAAUAUUGAUUCGUAAAAGAAAGCAAUAUAGUGACUCUGAAGUAAUCUUAGCUGCUACGAAGAAAUUAUUAUGUUUUCAUCAACGUCGCCUGACAAUUCGUCGUAUUAGUCGAUUUUUAUUUAAGACACCGUUGAUCACACAUGUUUUGAGUGGUUAAUUGCAAACGUGUGUUCUGAACAAAUAUGGUGCGAGUCCAAAAUAUAAUUGUCAUUCUCGAGGAGACCAUUUUAAAAACCAUCUAUCGAAGAUAUCAUUUUUAUUCCUACGAUAGUAUAAUAAUAAAAAAUAUUUUUAUCUC